CCAGAGGUAUAUGUGCUGUUCUACAGGAAACUGCAGUUGCCCGUUGAUAUUCCUCCUAGGUUCAUCCUGGCCGGGGUUUCUCCGGAUGUUCUGGGGCCUAAUAUGAGGCGUCUAGAAGAGGCCGGCUUGGGAGUGGGCCAUGGUGUUCCCACAAUUACAAUGGCUGCAUGCAGCAUUGAUAAUCUGCUGUCUAUUAUUUGCUUUGGAUUGGCCUAUGCAACUGCCUUCGCCCAGGGCACCGUAGGAUAUGCGGGCAAGAAAAGCAAAAUACCUGGCCUCCCGAAGCAGGCAGACACCAUGCGGGCCGUCAAACGUUGGGCUGCCGUUGGUUUCUUCUUUGGACUCAUUUUCUGGGUUUUCCCUCAUCCAGGCGCAGUAAGUUCUGGUCUUCUUCAUCUUUCCUUGAAAAUAUUUUGCCCCAAGCAAGCAAACUGUGAAAGCAGUUGA